UUAUUUAAAAAAAAAAAAAAAAAAACAUGAAAUAACUUUCUUUGAAUUCUAAUCACCAUCAUCAUCAUCGUCGAGCAUCGGAGCCUCAUGGCUGACUCGCAAGACAAAUCCAAUUCCAAUUCGAAUUUAAAUUCGACGGGUUCCCAGUAUCCACCGCCGCUUCCUCCGCCCACUGAUCGCCCCGUCAGAAUAUAUGCCGAUGGGAUCUACGAUCUUUUUCAUUUCGGCCACGCUCGCUCUCUUGAACAAGCCAAGAAACUUUUGCCAAAUACUUAUCUCCUCGUUGGAUGCUGCAAUGAUGAGAUCACUCACAAUUAUAAGGGCAAAACUGUCAUGACAGACGCAGAACGUUAUGAAUCACUUCGCCAUUGCAAAUGGGUAGAUGAAGUCAUUCCUAAUGCACCCUGGGUGGUCACACAGGAAUUUCUUGACAAACAUAAGAUCGACUAUGUGGCUCACGACUCUCUUCCCUAUGCCGAUGCUAGCGGUGCUGGAAAAGAUGUUUAUGAAUUUGUCAAAGCUGCAGGGAAGUUUUUGGAAACAAAACGAACAGAAGGGAUUUCAACAUCAGAUAUUAUCAUGAGGAUUGUUAAAGACUACAACCAAUAUGUUAUGCGAAAUUUGGAUAGAGGAUAUUCAAGAAAAGAGCUGGGUGUUAGCUAUGUAAAGGAAAAGCGGCUGAGGGUUAACAUGAGAUUGAAAAAACUGCAUGAGAAAGUGAAGGAACAUCAGGAAAAAGUUGGAGAAAAGAUUCAAACUGUUGCAAUGCAUCGUAAUGAGUGGGUGGAAAAUGCUGAUCGGUGGGUUGCUGGUUUCCUUGAGAUGUUUGAAGAAGGUUGCCAUAAGAUGGUGCUGUGUUUAUCUUCUUACCAACUUAAUCAAAGUUCGGAUGCAUUUCAGGGCACAGCUAUUAGGGAUCGAAUUCAAGAGAGGUUAAGAGGGCAGAUGCUAAGAGACUCCAAUUAUCUACUGCAGAAUGGCAAAGAUGAUGAUGAUGAAGAUGAAGAAUACUAUGAUGAGGAUGAUGAAUAUGAGGAUGAUGAAGAAGAGUAUUACUAUGACGAUGAAGACUCGUACGAUGAGAAAGAAGUGAAAGGAAAGAAAGAAAAGAAAUAGAUCUAGCUUUCCAUGGUUGCAUCUAGUAAUAGGUCUACUGCAAACUAAGAUUGUGCUUGGUUGUGUUUCACUUUUGGGUUUUCCGUACAAUACUAUAGAAGUUAAAAAUACAUUGCCAGUUGUGAAGGGGGCUUGGAUCUGUGUGGAAACUAAAACCUUUUGUAAUUUAUUUUGUUUGUUUUUCAACUAUCUAGUGUGGUUGAGAUUUCUUAAAAUUUUGUAACACUCGAACAAGAAAUUACUAUUGAAGCUUCUUAUGUUACUAA